AUGUAUCGGAAGUUGUCUAAGUUAGAACACUCGGAAAUAAAACAACUUCUUACAGAAGCUAAUAUAGAUGUUGCAAAACAUUACGCAACAAACAAAAAAGCACUCGCUGACUUCAUUAAAGACUAUAAUGGUGCAAUAAGUUAUGAUAGAAUUCAUGAGUUCAUAAAGCCGCAACGCGGCGAGGACGAAGUCCAUGCAAGAGCAUUUCCUUUAAAUGACGUUGCUAUUGACUUAUAUCAUAGACGUUCAGUACCUCAUGAAGUAAGAAGAGAAAUGUUUGACAUAACAAAUGCAAACGUUGGUGAAACAAGAAGAAGAGACGACACACUGAAACAACAGAGAAGAGAGAUGUUUAAGAGCGCUAUAGAACAAGUUCGCAAAGCUAACGAUGUCAUUCGUUCCAUUGACGACAAACCAAAAGAAGGUGAGAGAUGGUUAAAGAAAGAUGAAGAGAAUAGGAAGAGAAAUGUGAAGUCAGGCAAUAGACUCAUUGACUUUAACAUCGAAGCUUUAGAUGAACCAAACAGAGACUACUUACACAAACAUUUCGGUAAGGUUUUCAUGAGACUCUUAGAGAAAAUUAAAAUAAACUCACAACAGAGAUGGAUGGUAUGUUAUAAACUUGGUGGAAAGUAUGAAUGUUCUACGUUAAACCUCAAUAAUAUUGGAACAUUACUACAUCAGCUCUUGAAGGAGAACUUUAUAUCAGAGAUAGAAGCAAAUGCUGCAGGUAUUGUUGAAAUGCACUAUGACUUCUUCUUGACAAACAUAAAGAAUCUUACUGAAAUAAAGAUGUAUGAUUUAACAGAAUAUGAAGGCUUAACGAUGUCAGAUGUAAAGAAAGGCAAACCAAAAAAGAGACCAUAUAGAGAUGAA